GCCCGCCCCGGCCACAGUCCGCUCGCAGCAUGGAGCCGCAUCCCAGCUUCCGCGGCCGGCGGGCCCUGGUCACUGGGGCCGGCAAAGGGAUCGGGCGCGCCGUGGCCGUGGCGCUGAGCGGGGCCGGGGCCCGCGUGACCGCGCUGAGCCGAACGGCGGCGGACCUGGAGAGCCUCGUGCGGGAGUGCCCGGGCAUCGAGCCCCUCUGCCUGGACCUGGCGGACUGGGACGCGGCGGAGGCGGCGGUGGGCGCGGCGGGGCCCUUCGAGCUGCUGGUGAACAACGCGGCGGUGGCGGAGCUGCAGCCCUUCCUGGAGGUGACGCGGGAGGCCUUGCAGAGGUCUCUUGAUGUGAAUUUUGGGGCUGUGCUUCACGUUUCCCAGAUCGUUGCUCGGCAGAUGAUCGCGCAGGGGGUGGCAGGGGCUAUUGUGAAUGUCUCCAGCCAGGCCUCGCAGCGUGCGCUGAGGGAUCACGCCGUUUACUGUUCCACAAAAAGUGCUUUGGAUAUGCUGACCAAGGUAAUGGCAAUGGAACUGGGACCCCACAAGAUUAGGGUGAACACUGUGAACCCCACCGUGGUUAUGACUGACAUGGGGAGAAUCAACUGGAGUGACCCUCAGAAAUCCGCUGCCAUGAUUAAUCGGAUUCCCCUGGGAAAGUUUGCAGAGGUGGAUGAUGUGGUGAACAGCAUUCUCUUCCUGCUGAGUGGCAAGAGUGCUAUGACAACUGGCAGCUCACUGAUGGUUGAUGGGGGCUUUCUUGUCUCCUAAGAUGGUCCCUGCAUUUCACCUCGGCCUUAAUUUCCCUACUGGUACUGCACAGAUGUAAACUGGAUAGAAAACAAUGACACAGACAUAGUCUUGCUGGAGGGGCAGCAGGGUUGGAGCCUGUAGGAGAAGCGAGGCAGAAAAUAACCUUUGGAAGGCUGCUAUAUAAUAAAGCUCACAUACAUCGUCAUGGAGAAUGUUUAUUGCACCAAAUAAGGUUUUAUCUUGUCACUCUACAUGAUGAUUAGAAAUUGGACCUCUCUUCCAACCCUGUUCCCCCCCACAACCCUUCAGAAGCUCUCCCUGUUCCAUCCAAAACCAUAGAGCCUGUCUGCACUUUCAGUGGGAAGGGAAAGAAGUUAGCAGACUUCUCAUUGCUUCCUUUGCUGUCUUUAGUAGAAAAAAACAAAAUAGAGGCAAUAACCCCAGCCCUGCUCUGCAGAGACUGGAUUUUGGGGGGAGGCCCUGCUAAAGACUGAUGGGGGGGAGCAGCACCAUGCUGUCCUAGGGUGUGCACACACAAAAAGGCAAAUGCAUUGAUUGCACAGAGCUGUUUCAUGCACAGUUUGGCUAGUACCCAAUAAAGCACCUAAUGAUUA